GUGCAGCAGCCGCCGCCCACCUUCGAAGGUGGCUACCAGAAGAAGACCGAGGAGAGCAACGGCGUCCUGAAGAUGAUCGACACCCUGUCCAGCGACAUUGAGAAGGAGAUGGCGGUGGCCAAGACCGAGGAGGAGAAUGCGCAGGCAGACUACCAGGAGACCGUCGCCGACGCAGCCAAGAAGAGGGAGGCCGAUAUGGCCCUGGCGGCUUCCAAGGCGCAGGACAAGGCCGACCUUGAGGGUGAUCUCAACGACGACAAGAAGGAGAACGCAGGCAAGAAGCAG